AUGUCGCUUCCACCCCCGUUCGGUAUUCCAUCCUUCGAUACCCUCCUCGAAUAUGUGUCCGAGCCUCGUCUGACGAUGAUUUUCUUCGAUCUCGACAACACAUUGUUCGAUCACGAAAAGUCUCUCAACUACGCUCUGGCCCUCGUACGAAUUAAAUUCCCCCUUCUUCGCGAAAUCCCCGUUGACGUGCUUGUCGAGAAGUACAACAGAGCCCUCAAUAUUGUUUACGACAAAUAUCUCCGAAAUGAGAUAGCGUACGAACGGCAAGACGCAGAGAAGGUCAACCUUUUCUUCAGGCUUCUAGGCCUUCCAAAACUGGACAAUGAUGGUGUUGUGCUUUUUCGGAGUGUGUACAAAGAGGGCUACAGAAUGAAUCGAACCGCGAUGCCUGGAAGCAUUGAGACGCUGGAAGACGUUCGCCAUAAGGGCUAUCGCACUGCUAUUAUCACAAAUGGCCCGACCGAAAGCCAGAUAGAAAAGGCCAAAGACAUUGGUGUCUUUGAUCUCGUUGAGCGUGUCAUCACAUCAGAAGAAGCCGGCUAUCCUAAACCCGAUGUCAAGAUCUUCCAUUAUGCCAUGCAAGAGCUGGGGGUAAAUACGAAGAACAUGUACAUGGUUGGCGAUUCUGUCGAGGCAGAUGUCAAGGGUGCUCUCGAUGCAAAAAUCAUGCCUAUCUUGUACUCCCCCUCUUCCAACAGCUCCUCCAAAGUGUUGUUUGAAAGAGAGAUUUCUGUUAUCCGUCAAUUCGACCAGCUACCUAAGCUUCUGGAGUCCCCAUUGGAUUACAGCUUGGACUGA